UCAGUUUUAAAACACUCCUCUGAAGCUCUGUUGUUUCUUUUCCUAGCCACAGUUCGCAGUGUUCUGCCACAGAGAAAUGCUUUUCCACGGUUACAUAACUCGCCGAGUCUCUCCGCCGUGGAUCCUGCCGAGCAGUCCCACAAUGCAGAGCGCAUGGCGCGUCAUUGGAGGGAGCCGACGAUGAUGGCGGCGGUCGGUGCACCAGAAGUGAUCACACAACUGGAGAGCGCUGCCAAAGUUUUAAUGGCACCGCCUCCAUGGUCAGCACAGAGCAGGCAGCACGCUGAACAUGUAUUCCUCUCCUUCAGGAAGUCCAAGUCCCCGUUCGCCAUCUGCAAGCACAUCCUGGAGACCAGCAAGGUGGACUAUGUGCUAUUCCAGGCAGCCACAGCCGUCAUGGAGGCCGUUGUGCGGGAGUGGAUCCUGCUGGAGAAGACCAGCAUCGAGUCCCUCCGGGCGUUCCUCCUCACCUACGUGUUGCAGAGACCCAACCUGCAGAAGUACGUCCGUGAGCAGAUCCUGCUGGCUGUGGCCGUCAUCGUGAAGCGAGGCUCUCUGGACAAAAGCAUCAACUGCAAAGGCAUCUUCCACGAGGUCGGCCAGCUCAUCAGCAGCGGGAACCCCACAGUGCAAACCCUGGCCUGCUCCAUCCUCACCGCUCUGCUCAGCGAGUUCUCCAGCUCCAGCAAGACCAGCAGCAUUGGCCUCAGCAUGGAGUUCCACGGCAACUGCAAGCGCCUCUUUCAGGAGGACGGCCUGCGUCAGACCUUCAUGCUGACCAUGGAGGUGCUGCAGGAGUUCAGUCGCAGGGAGAACCUCAACGCUCAGAUGUCCUGCGUCUUCCAGCGGUACCUGGCUCUAGCCAACCAGGUCUUGAGCUGGAACUUCCUGCCUCCAAAUCUGGGGCGCCACUACAUCGCCAUGUUCGAGGCCACGCAGAACGUCACGCUGAAGCCCACGGAGUCCUGGAGGGAGGCGCUGCUGGACACCCGCGUCAUGGACCUCUUCUUCUCUAUUCACAGGAAGAUCCGGGAGGACUCUGACAUGGCGCAGGACUCCCUGCAGUGCCUGGCCCAGCUGGCCUCCAUGCACGGGCCCGUCUUCCCAGACGAGAGCGCCCAGGUGUCUUACCUGGCUCACCUGGUGGAAGGCCUGCUCAGUAUGAUCAACGGGAUCGAGAUCGAGGAUUCGGAGGCGGUGGGCAUCUCCAACAUCAUCUCCAACCUGAUCACCAUGUUCCCCCGGAGCAUCCUGACGGCGCUGCCCAGCGAGCUCUUCACCUCCUUCAUCAACUGCCUCACACUCCUCACCUGCUCGUUUGGACGCAGCGCCGCCCUGGAGGAGGUGCUGGAUAAAGACGACAUGGUUUACAUGGAGGCGUACGACCGGCUGCUGGAGUCGUGGCUCACGCUCGUCCAGGACGAGGAGCACUUUCCCCGCGGCUGCUUCGUCCAGCCCGCCAUCCAGGUCUUCAACUCCUACAUUCAGUGCCACCUGGCCGCUCCGGACGGCACGCGGAACCUGUCUGUAAACGGCAUAUCGUCCCACGAGGCGGAGGAGAUCAACGAGCUGCAGGAGGACGACAGAGAGCUGUUCUCAGACCAGCUGUCCAGUGUGGGCAUGCUGGGCCGUGUGGCGGCGGACCACUGCAUCCCCCUGCUCACAAGCCUGCUGGAGGACCGGGUGAACCGGCUGCACGGUCAGCUCCAGAGGACCCAGCAGCACCUCAUGGCCUCCACCGACCUGGGGUCAGUGGACCGCAAAGUCCUGGACGACCUGUACGAGGACAUCCACUGGCUCAUACUGGUCUCAGGUUACCUGCUGGCAGACGAUCCUCAGGGCGAAACCCCGAUGAUCCCCUCUGAGGUGAUGGAGUUCUCCAUCAAACACUCCACAGAAGUCGACAUCAACACGACGCUGCAGAUCCUCGGCUCGCCGGGGGAGAAAGCCUCCUCCAUACCGGGCUGCAACCGCACAGACUCCGUCAUCAGGCUGCUGUCUGCCGUGCUCAGGACGUCGGAGGUCGAGUCCAGGGCGACCAGAGCGAGCUUGACGGAGCUUCUCAGUCCUCAGAUGGGGAAGGACAUCGUGUGGUUCCUGAGGCGCUGGGCCAAGUCGUACCUGCUGGUGGACGAGAAGCUCUACGAGCAGAUCAGCAUACCUCUGAGCACGGCGUUCGGCGCAGACACGGAGGGAGCCCAGUGGAUUGUGGGAUACCUGCUGGAGAAGGUGAUUAACAAUCUGUCGGUGUGGAGCUCAGAGGCGGAGCUGGCCAACGACACGGUGGAGCUGCUGGUGACGCUGGUGGAGAAGAGGGAGAGGGCGAACAUCGUGGUGCAGUGCGAGGGCUGGUGGAGCCUGGCGAAGCAGUUCGCCAGCCGCAGCCCACCGCUCCACCUGCUGUCCAGCUCCGUGCAGAGAUCCCUGAUGAAGGCGCUGGUCCUGGGAGGCUUCGCCAACAUGGACUCCGACACCAAGCAGCAGUACUGGGCUGAGGUGCUUCAUCCUCUGCAGCAGCGCUUCCUCAACCUCAUCAACCAGGAGAACUUCGCUCAGAUCAGCCAGGAAGAGGCGGUCAAACAGGAAAUCAUCGCCACACUGGAGGCGCUGUGCGGCAUCGCCGAGGCGACGCAGAUAGACAACGUGGCUUCGCUCUUCUCCUUCCUCAUGGACUUCCUGUCCAGCUGCAUCGGCCUCAUGGAGGUUUACAGCAACACGCCAGAAACGAUCAACCUCAUCAUCGAGGUUUUCGUGGAAGUGGCUCACAAGCAGAUCUGCUACCUGGGAGAGACUAAGUCCAUGAAGCUGUACGAAGCCUGCCUGACGCUGCUGCAGGUCUACUCCAAAAACAACCAGAGCAGGAAGCGCAGCGACGCCACGGCCGAGGAGGACCAGUACCAGGACCUGCUGCUCAUCAUGGAGCUGCUCACCAACCUGCUCUCCAAGGAGUUCAUCGACUUCAGCGACAACGAUGAGGUGUUCCGGAACCAGGAGCAGGGCACGCCGGCGUCGAGCCGGACCGUCUCCGCGGCGGACGUCGUCCUCUACGGCGUCAACAUCGUUCUUCCACUCAUGUCUCAGGACCUGCUGAAGUUUCCUUCUCUGUGUAACCAGUACUACAAGCUCAUCACCUUCAUCUGUGAGAUCUUUCCAGAAAAGAUCCCCCAGCUGCCUGAAGAGCUUUUUAAAAGCCUCAUGUUUUCACUGGAGCUGGGAAUGACCUCGAUGAGUUCAGAAGUCAGUCAGCUGUGUCUGGAGGCUCUGUCUCCUCUGGCUGAACAAUGCGCCAAAAGCCAGGAGAAGGACUCGCCCCUCUUCAUCGCCACGCGCCACUUCCUCAAGCUGGUGUUCGACAUGCUGGUGCUGCAGAAACACAACACAGAGAUGACGGUGGCGGCAGGGGAAGCUCUCUACACACUCGUCUGCCUGCAUCAGGCGGAGUACUCGGAGCUGGUGGAGACCCUGCUGUCCUCCCAGAGGGACGCCGUGAUCUACCAGCGGCUGGCCGACGCCUUCAACAAGCUGACGGCCAGCAGCACGCCGCCCACCAUGGACCGCAAGCAGAAGGUGGCCUUCCUGAAGAGCCUGGAGGAGUUCGUGGCCAACGUGGGCGGCCUCCUCUGCGUGAAGUAACCACUGAGAACCAAUCCCCCAAUACUCCAUCAUUCUGAAGACGCCCCUACCCCUCUGCAUCCCACUACGCUCAGCAGGAUCCGUCCGCCUCCCAGGAUCCUCCACUCAGCUGAAUGUUUCUUUUUAAUUGCUUUGUUUUUACCCCUCUGUAUAACGACACCUGCAGCGCCAAGAGAGUUUCUGAUGAAGUGACAUCUUAAAAACCGGACUGCAGAGCAGACGGACUCGUUCUAAGGAAUGUACACACACACACACACUCACUAAGGGUGAGACCUGAUCCUGAAUGUGAUGUAACAUUUUCUUAGAGCAGCAUCGCAGCAAACGCACACAGACACACACACACACACACACACACACACACACCCCAGUCCUUCCCAGAGUGCCUUUGUUUUUUCUUGAUUGUUGGAUGUGUGUAUGAAUGGAUCAUGUCAUACAUCGAGUCAAACUAUACAGACUGUGCCUAUCUUCUGCCAAGAGUACAGCACCUCCAGUCUUGAAUUGCAUGCACAAACAAAAAAAACGUCGCCGUGACAACAGAUGUGUGGCCGGGCCUCGUCUUUUCUUUUGAGAGCGUCGAUCCACACGGCACAAAGGAGCGUCCGCUUGCUGGCGACCAAGAAAACCAAAAUAAAGAGGCUGUGUGUUUUUAUAUAUACACAUAUAUAAAUACACAUAUACACGUGUGUAUAUGUAUAUAUACAUAUAUAAAUAUACAUAAUAUAUCUUUAUAUAUGUAUAUUUAUAUAUGUAUAUAUAUAUGUAGUAAACUUAUAAAUGUAUGAUGUUUUCAAACGGGAACUCUUGGGGAAAUGUUCAUAUAAAGAUGACUGAAAUGUUUUUAUAUGCCAGUAGAAGAUGGCAGAUUGUACAGGUUCAGCUAAAGAGGGAGCAACUUCGGCCAUGUUGACCGUAGCGGUUUGAUGGUUUUAUUUGUUUUAUUUCCCAUUUGGAUUCUGGUUGACCUUUUAGCAUCCGCUGCCUCCUCUCAAGACGAAGGUCCAGGUCCCGCCAGGCGCAGCAGGUUAUUUUUCUACAGCAGCACAUUCAUAGGACGACGACUCAAACACUGGAUUAUAGCAGAGACUGUUGGAAGUGAAGGACAGCAAUAACCUACCAAAUAAAAAGGAACAGAGCCACUUGAGGGAAGUAUUAUGUUGGAGACAGAAUCCUCUUCCUUAAGAGCACUGUCCCAGUUAUUGUAGAUGGCUGUUUUGUUAAUGAAGUGUAAAAGUGUACAUAAAGUUAUUGUAUAAAAAC